AAGGCGCAAAACCAUAACGGUCGAACGAACGCCAUUAUCAUAACUUCCAAACGGAUAGCCGUUUACUCCCGUCUUUUCUACGCGAAAUUCACCUAUUUAAUGGACUUGAUGAGCAGAACAUGGAUUGCAGUGAAAGGACAUUUUGAUAGAGAUAGCAAAAUGUGCCCGAGUUGCAAAGCCAGAAAAGAAAGAAAUUUGAGGUACAAGGAACGUAUCAAUGCGUGAAAAUCAAUAUUGGUCCUUGUCCAGAUAAGUUGUUAUUUUUAAUAUUCUGAUCACAGUAAAACCCUGCAAAUGAAGAACCUAGUUAUCUUUUCAUGCUAACCUACUAGGGUUCGAAUUUAAAUGGUGCAUAUAGGCUUUAGGCUUCUAGCUUCUUAUCUGAAUAUACAAAGUUAUAAACUAUGACUAUACAAAGAUGCCUAUUAUAAUGUAGCUAGUAUCCUUUUUUCCUAUACCAUUUUGCUUCCAUUUUGUUUUAUACUGAGGCACUAGGGUUGCUUGAAUGAGGUUAGAUUAUUUUAAACAUGAAACUCAUCCAAACGGGACCCACAUAUAUUAGUUGUGCUGGAAUACAUGGGACUGGUUUUCUAAGUCCAAGAUUUUGCACAAAUAGACAAUAGUCUUGUUUAUAUGAGUUCUAAUGUAUGUUUGUAUUUACAAUUAACCUGCAAGAAAAUGUGAUGCACCUAAACUUUGAAUAAAAAGAAUCUUGAAUGUUUUCAUUGUAUGUGGUUUAGUGUUUAUCAUUUCCUCUGAAAUUCUAUAUUGCAAUCCUAGGAAAAUCCUAGGAAUUCUUAGGGUUUACAAGCAAUUUUCUUCCUAGGAAUUCCUAAGAAAAUCUUAAGAAUUUCCUAGGAAAAUCUUAGGAAACUCUUGUUUGUUUUGUCCCAAUUUACCGUGAAAUUUCACACCUCAUUCCUAGGUUUUUCUUAGGAUUUCCUAGGAAUUCCUAGGAAUAAAAUCCUAGGAUAUUCCUAGGUUAUCCUAGGAUUUUCCUAGUCCACCUCGCACGGGCGUUGUGUGCGUCCUGACAGGUAAGACCUGAACCAACAAGAGCGGUUUCGUUCACUCCGAGCCGAUUCUGUAGGCGAUGAAGCAGUGUGCAGUGGUUGAAAGGCGGAACUGAAAUCAAGCAGCACCAGCAAGGUGGUCUGCUGUCUGUAUAUGCUAAGAAGAUUUGUCAUUGCGAACUCUCAGGAGAGCCGUCAUGGUGCUAUGGUUUUUCCGAUACGAGGACUGGAACGCAUUGGUUAGAGGCCAUGUCGAUGCAUAUGGUCUUGUAGCUGAAGAGCCGCAGCGGUUUCAUUCAGUUUAGAGACAUAAGCCAAGCUGCUGACAGGGCGAAGAUUGGCUUUGGUUUGCUAAAGGCCUGCAUUCUUUAGCAGGGGGUUGAUGACCAGGCCAUCCUACUCAUCGGCAAAAGAACCUGACUAAAGAGAUAUUGAUCAUAGACGUGAUUACAGGAAUUUAUUCAUCAAGACAUUGGAAAACCAAACUUAUCGGCAUCGGGUCUAGGGGGCAAGAUUUCUUAGAGCUUCGGUUAAUGUUGUCAGAUCUUUGAAACGGCUGAAGGAGAAAGUAGAGUUCGUAGGAUCUUCAUGGCAAUCAGAUGGCUCUACGUCAUUCAACACUACUCCCAUCGCCUCAUGGAUAGUGCUAACUUUCUCAUUCCCAGAAAUAAGGGACAUUAGCCAGCGGUUUCUCUGGGCUCACAUUUUGCUAGGCCCGCGAAGAAUAACAGCGGUAUCACAAAUAAAAACGAGAUUCCGGCCAGCACAGGGGCUUCCCUUUUGUUGUUACACUAGAAGUUUUUAAUCAGGUUGAAUAAAUUCCAAAUAAAAGUAGUAUUAGCGGUAUUUAAACGUGCAAGGGGCAUCUCUGAUUUGAUACGUCCAAUGAUAAUGGAAGUGCGGCAGUCUUGCUGAGGUUGGAAAACAUUAUAUGCGCAAAUAAAAAAAAAAAAAAAAAUGUAUUUUAGAAAGGCUUUAUGGUUCCCCUGUGUCUAUCCCAGAAAGCCGUGGGGCCGUUUAAAACAAAAUGGAGCACGGACGAACGAAGAGAAGUUGUUCUUGCGGAGCGCACCGUUUUCCUUGCUUCAGUCUGUGUCUUAAAGACAACAAUAAUGGUUCCUGAACUAGGCAUAACUACAUCAAAUGUUAUUUCUUCGGGAACAAGAUUGGAAGGCACUACUGCCUAUUUUAUUGGCCAAUUUGAUGAGAAGGACAGUCGAUUUACCAAUUUCGAGUCCUGCACCUGUGAUGCGGCGAACAGUUCUACCUUUUAAACGACUACUUUUAUGCCCGAUUUCAAUGAAAUUACAGAGAAUGUAUGGAGGAUUGUAUACUCUCAAGCGAGGGCAUCGUCUGAACGGAAAGUGUAUCACUCGAAUGGCAAGGGUUUUUUUCGGGUCCUGCAUCGUGAGCCCAAAAUCUCUGAAACGAGAAAAUUUGAUAAAUUGUGAUGUCUCCCCACAUUUCCUUAUAAUAAAUGGCAGCCAUUUUGACAUUGUAUGUGCACUAUUACGCAUGCGUGACGGCCAUGUUGUCUCUUAUUUCUGGGAAUGGAAUAAAAUAAUUACCAAUAUCGUUAGCAACAGAUGUGCCGUCACAACCACUUGGUAACACAACGCUUCUGGGUUGGGUCAGAAGUGCCUUAGUAUACCUGAACAGCUUGCCUUGGCUGUCGUCGUUUGUAAUGAUCACUAUGUACAAUAGAUUCCGGUGCAUUAAAAUGCCAAGUGAAUGCCAACAAUGUACUACCAUUGUCAUCCGUCAAUAUGCAAAUAUGCGUCGAUGUUAAACAAUGAGAAGUGGGAGACAAAACAAACAAACUCUCACAUUCCGGUGCAGAUUGAUCGAGAUUUCCGUCAGGGUGUACCCAAUAGCUGCCAUUUGAUGUUAGCCAGAGAUCCUUGUAGUUAUUCCAAUGAGAGAGCAGCGCAAAAAAAGAGAAAAAACGUCCAGAUUACGCUGGUGGAUUUAGCGUGUCUGCUCCUCAUCCUUGCAAGUGCACAUGUGCACAUUUUCUGAAAAAACAUGGUGGACGCGUUUGACGAAGCCGAAAACACGGGAAACAAACUCCCUCAAGGAGGUUUAGGAACAGCUUUGUUGUUUCUGCGUAGCAUUACAAUUGCACAAUAAUAAUGGGUGAAUCAUAGCUACGUUUUUUUGCUGUUUUUUUUUUUUGUUUCUUUCUUUUAAAUCAUUUCAAUAGUCAUAAUGUGAGUGAUAAGUAAGUACUUGAAAUAUUCACGGGCGGAACAUAAAUUGUUACCGAAUAGGCGAUAUAAUUGUUCAGUAUAAAUUUGUUGGAUGGAUAACACAGCACAAAGCGACUGUUUUGCAAGAAUGAUGACAAAAGCUAGCACAGAUAAAUGGAUUUUUGGAUUCCCUGAUCUUGUGUUGGGGAAAAUACUUGAUUGUCUUUCUCUACAAGACCUUGGGCGACUUCCUCAAGUUUGUCGGUACUGGAAGGAAUCGAUGAUUUUCACUAGUAGCAGAAUCUGGGCAAAGUUUCUACCCAAACGAGCUGAUUGUAUCCCAGAAGAUUUGGCCGCGUACGAGAAAGUCAAAUUCGCGUGGAAAAAUAGCUUGAAAAUUGGUAAGGAAAGAUGGUUUCGGGAUCCUAUCGGGGAUCUCGUGGAAUACGAGGACAAACUUCUGAAAGCCGAGAGAGCUCGCUUCCCAUGGCGCAACACACAGAGGUCAAAAUAUGUGAUGUAUUUACGUCUGAACCAGUGCUAUAAACUCACUUCAAAUGGACAGGAAUCUUCGAACUCAGAUAUUAAAAAAGCAGUUAAUGAAAUCUGGGAGAAAUUUGGCUGUAUCUACGAAAACAGUGAUGAAAUCAUUUCUGUGGAGCAUGCAUUUAAAUACGCCCAAUACCGCCUUAAAAUAAAGAUUCUCCAAGGGGUAUUAGAUAGUCUAAAUCCACAUUGGCUUUUGAGAUGCCUUCAUUCAGGUAACUAUAAGAUUGAUAGUAAAGGAGAUAUUGGCAAGGAAGAUUGUGAUUAUGAUGAAGAAGAUGAUGAGAAGGAAGCUAAAAAUAUACUAGGUCAAAUGUUACCAAAGCAGUUAUAUUGUGACAUAAAGGAACUCUUCUCAGAUGAAAGCCAAGGUUUUAUUCAAUACCAUCUAAGCGAUGGUUGCAUUAAUGAAAAUUUUGAGUAUUCUGAUACAUUAAUCAUCAGCGAUACAGCAGCUAUACACCAUGUUCAAUUCUUCGAUUUUUGAUGAUAUGCCAAUAUAAGGGUACAAGAAGCA